UGAUGUGCUGAGCAGUUUUCACCACCCUCUGUAGAGUCUUACGGUUGAGGGCGGUGCAACUGCCAUACCAGGCGGUGAUGCAGCCAGUCAGGAUACUCUCGAUGGUGCACCUGUAGAAGUUGCAGAGUAUCCUGGAGUCCAUGUUGAACUUCCGCAGCCUGCGGAGGAAGAAGAGCCGCUGUCGAGCUGUCUUGGAUAUGACCCUGGUGUGAUGUGUCCAUGUCAGGUCCUCACUGAUGUUUACCCCGAGGAACCUGAAGCUGCUGACUCUCUCCACAGUCCCGCCGAUGGUGAUGGGUGUGUGUGCCUCUCUCUGCCUCUUCCUGUAGUCCACAAUCAACUCCUUUGUUUUGCUGACGUUGAGAUGGAGGUUGUUGUCCUGGCACCAAGAUGUCAGGGCUCUGACCUCCUCUCUGUACGCCGUCUCGUCGCCGUCUGUGAUCAGGCCGAUGACGGUCGUGUCGUCAGCAAACUUGAUGAUGGUGUUGGAGCUGUGUGUGGCCACGCAGUCGUGCGUGAACAGGGAGUAGAGGAGAGGGCUGAGCACACAACCCUGAGGGGCUCCGGUGUUGAGGGUCAAGGUGGAGGAUGUGAUGUUCCCCAUCCGCACUGCCUGGGAUCUGCCCGUUAGGAAGCUCAUGAUCCAGUCACAGAGGGCGCUGUUGAGCCCAAGGUCCCUGAGCUUAAUGAUGAGCUUGGAGGGCACAAUGGUGUUGAAUGCUGAACUGUAGUCAAUGAACAGCAUUCUCACAUAAGUGUCACCUAAUUACUUGCAGGGUUGUUUUGCUACAGUGGACAUGCAUGACACACCUAAUUGUAUGAAUAUUGUUAUGAAAGUUAUGCAUUUUUUAUAGCUUCCAAGUCCAUCCAUUUUAAAUCAAUGCAGCAAUGUACUGGGUAACCUAAUAUGGAAGAUAUUAAAAAAGACAGAUUGUUUAACAGAAAUAAAUAGUAGAAUCCCUAAAAUCCAAUAAAAGGAGGUGUGUCUUGUGUCUCCAGUGUCGUAAUAUAACUGGGUGACACGACAUAGGAGCUAUUGGAACGAAAAUAAAUACAGAUUUCUAUUUGAAAGAGCACUUUUCUUUAUUUUUCAAAAAACAUUAUUUUGAAUAAUAAGGGGCGAAGUGGCAUUGAAAACAACUUUCGUUUUGUGUCGUUUGAAAUUACUUAUUGAUGGUCCCUAAAAUGAAAGCCUGUUUAUCAAAUGUCCAACCCAAUACCAACAUAUUCGCGGUGGAUUUUCUUAUGUUUUCAACACGACUGUUUUCGUCAUGUUUUAUCUCGAAGCGGAAAUGAGAUUCCAAACAUUUCUAGAGACCGUCCCAAUUAAAUACUAAUAAUUAAAAUGUAUGUCGACGUCUUCUUCCCAUAACUAUCACAGUAGUCAACGUUACAGGACACCUCAACAAUGAUGGUUAGUUUUGGCAGCUUAGUAAGAUGAUGCUGUAGCGGCAAGCGUAUCAGCCGUUGCGUGAGAGUGACGCACAGUGGCGAUGAUCAGCACCGCUGGUUCUGAACGCUGCGUUUACCUAUACACAGCGACAGAUACACACUCGUAGAGUUAUGUAAUUAUAGCGGUACAUAUCGAAGAAGGUGGAAUGAUAGGAUAUCUACAAUAUUUCGAAGCCCAUACUGCCUCAUCUUGUUCUCGUUGAGGAAGGAUACGGCUGAGGGUUGUCGCCAGGAAGCGUCCGGGAGAUGGACGGGAGGACUGCGGAAACCGGGGAUGACAGGAGGACGAGUGAGGAAGCUGCCGCUGGCCUCUGUCUGCAGCUUGACCUGGGGGACACCGAUUCAGCCAAGAAGGCUCAGAUAACAGAGAUGCCGUCCCCAUUUGGAGUAGGCCCAGCCCAUGAGAAAAAGAUUGGCCACAGGAGGGUAGACGCUUCUGGAGAAACAACAUACAAGAAGACUACCUCCUCCGCCUUGCAAGGGUCCAUCCAGCUGGGUAUCGGAUACACUGUAGGCAACCUCAGCUCCAAGCCUGAGAGAGAUGUGCUGAUGCAGGACUUUUAUGUGGUGGAAAGCAUCUUCUUCCCCAGAGAAGGCAGUAACCUCACUCCAGCUCACCACUACCCAGACUUCAGGUUUAAAAACUAUGCUCCUGUGGCCUUCCGCUACUUCCGAGAGCUGUUCGGGAUCCGGCCAGACGACUACCUGUAUUCUAUAUGUAAUGAGCCACUGAUCGAGUUGACAAAUCCAGGAGCAAGUGGUUCCAUAUUCUACGUGACCCGUGAUGAUGAGUUCAUCAUCAAAACUGUUCAGCACAAAGAGGCAGAGUUUCUACAGAAACUCCUUCCUGGAUACUAUAUGAACUUGAACCAGAACCCCAGGACGUUGCUGCCAAAGUUUUUUGGCCUCUACUGUGUCCAGUGUGGGGGCAAGAACAUCAGAGUUGUCGUAAUGAACAAUAUUUUACCACGCUCAGUACGCAUGCACCUCAAGUUUGAUCUGAAGGGCUCCACAUACAAGAGGCGAGCAUCCAAGAAGGAAAGAGAGAAGUCAAAACCUACUUUCAAAGACCUGGACUUUCUGAAUGAUGUUCCUGAAGGCCUCACCAUGGACCAUGACACAUACACUGCUCUGGUCAAAACUCUGCAGAGAGACUGUCUGGUUCUGGAAAGUUUUAAGAUUAUGGAUUACAGUUUACUGCUAGGCAUCCACAACAAGACUCAAGCAGAGCGAGAGCGCGAGUCUCAGGGCUCACCCACAGGAGGAGGGGACGAGAAGAGACGGGCAGCUCAGAAGGCUCUGUACUCCACCGCCAUGGAGUCCAUACAGGGUGGCUCCACAUGUAGAGACACACUGGACCAUGAUGACACUAUGGGUGGUAUUCCAGCUGUGGGUAGUAAAGGAGAGAGGCUCCUGCUGUUCAUUGGAAUCAUUGACAUCCUGCAGUCCUACAGAAUGAUCAAGAAACUGGAGCACUCUUGGAAGUCCCUCAUCCAUGAUGGGGACACAGUGUCAGUUCACAGACCUUGUUUCUAUGCUGAGAGGUUCUACAGAUUCUGCAGCACCAUCGUCUUCAAGAAGAGCAGCUCAUUGCGAUCGUCUCCCUCUAAGAAAGGACGAGGAGCUUUCUCCAUGUCCAAGUCCAGCGGGGGAACAGGUUCAACUGGGCAGCGUCCCUCACUGACGGAUGAGAGGCAGGAAAACCUGGACAACUUGGAAAACCUGCGAGGAGCGCGCAGCUUCCCCAUGCUGGAGGACAAUGGGAGAGAGCCACCCUGCACCCCUCCUUCCUUUGAAGAUGCUACCACAGCUUCCAUCGCCACCACACUCUCCUCUAACAACUCCUUACCAACAACCCCCUUCGACACACCAGAGCACCCACGCUCCAGGAGACAAAUGCAUUCCCCAAAUGUGGCACGGGCGCAGAGAGAAGUAGUUGAGGUUCAUGAAGAAAAGCAGGACACCAUCACAGUGGAGGUGGAGCUCAGUAAAAUCCCAAAGAGCACAGAGCUUAAGCAGAUGACGGAAAUGUCCUCCCCCAGUCUGUCGCCUGAUCCUCAGCCCCACACCACUGCUCCCUCCACCACUCCCUCUAUUACACCAUCCUCCGCAAAUUCCUCCUCCACCCUUUCUCCAUCCUGUGUGUCAUCCUCCUCUGCUGCUCAGUCAGAUGAGCAGUCAUCCUCCACUCUCGCUUCCUCCAUCUGUCCGUCCACCAAACCGCUCACCUCUCCCACCGCUGCUCAGCCUUCCGCUCUCUCUUCCCCUCUCUCUUCUCCAACUUCUCAUCCAACGUUGCAAUCCACUGUCCUCACCCCAGCACCUAACAUCUCCACGCCCCCACCUGGCUCAGCCUUUACUCCAAUAUGCCCUGCACCCUCCCACUCCCCUACAGAGAGCCCUCCUCACCCGCUCCCCUCGACCCCUCCCUCCUCCCACCCUGCGAGCCCCCAGGUGCCUCAGCACGCGCCGCUGCGUGCACCGUGCAAUCAGCUGUCGGUUUCCAGCAGCCACAACUCAUUGGACGGGGAGUUGCAAGUGUCCGACAUCUACUUUUAUGCAGAUGGCAGAUAUUGGGUGUACUCUCCAGUUCUUGGCCGUCGUAAGCUAAACUCUAGCUCAAGUUACAAUCAGACUCAGGAGGACCGGGGCUGGGUGUACUCUCCUCUGCACUACGGCUCUGAGUCCAGGAGGGACUCAGAAGGGGAGAGUGAGACAUAACUCUGUGAAGACAACAAUGAUGGGUGGAGCCAAAAACUCCAUGUACUGAACAUUUGAGCUUUUAAUAACAAAGGACACUAUGGGAAUUAAAGCUGGUCGCCCAAGCUGCAUGUGGAGCUAGCCUUGCCAACAGAGUAUUCAAAAGAAAACAAUAUAAUAAUCAUGCUUACACUUUUAUUUAUACAAACAUAAAACAAUAAAUAUAUUAUGCAAAAAACGUAUGAUAAUAAUAACUCCUGGACAAUCUAACUGACAUCUUGCAGAGAAAUAUGGUUACGUCACAAUCAGCUGAGUGCCGCUGUGAGAGAUGGCUGUUAAUCAGGUGUUGUUGCCGCCCUGCUUCCUGCUGUGGACGUUUAUAGUGUCUAUGAGUCACGCGGCACUGUGCCAGCUCUGGCUAUGCAAAAUGGGCAUAUUUGUUAUUGAUUUCUCCUUUAGACUGAUGCUUCACUACAUCAGAGUUUAUUCAUGCAUUUAUUUUUCACUAGGGGCAUGUCGAAGCUGUAUCUACGUUUUAUUUUAGCACUUUAUCAAUAUACAUGUGACCGACAUCAUUUUAUGUUUGGUUCUUUUGUCAUCAGUCAUUGUUGCAAACACUUAAAUACAGUAAAGGUUUUGGGGUGUGUGUGCACAGGGUUCUGUUUGUACAGCAGUGCGUGUUGGUCCACUUAAAAAACUCUGAUCUGACAAUGAAUGGUUGUGCUCAAAAUGCCUUAUUGAAAAACUCAUUUUCAUAACAUUUUUUUAAUAUUUCGGUCACAUGUAAUUAUUCAAAACCAACUUUAAAAAUACAAAUAUGCAAAGUUUGCAUUUACACCUUUUUAAGGAUUUCGAAUCCAUUGUUCAAGAAAGAACACAAGAAAAAAGAAAUGUAUACAAUUAUAUUUUAUAAAUUAGAUAAACUAUGUAUUAGAGUCUGUAUGUGCCCAUAUGUCUCUGUAUUCAUGUGUCUGCAUGCAUUUCGAUGUGUGAUUGGGAGACAUGGUUUUUGUCCUGCCUAUUUGUCAAAAAGUGGUAAAAGGUGUAACCUCCAUUUGUUGUUAUGGCAAUGAAUGUCUGAAACAGCUAUAAGCAUGUUGGCUGUGUAAGAAAAAGGAAAUAGUGCAAACGAGCAGAAAUAACCUCAGAUUUAUAUACAGUUUGGUAAUAAAAUAAAUGUAUUGUUGCCACAGUCAGUACCUCCCCUCUUCCAUACAUCAAGAUUCAAAAUUGACCAAAAUGAUACUUUCUGACUGUGGACGAGCACUGCUGUAACGUGUUGUUAAAGUCUGACGUUUACCUGCCUCUGUAGGCAGCAGUGUUUGUAGCUGAUCACUGUGUAAAAGAAUAAUAAAAAUGAU